GUGUGUGACUGUGUGUGUGUGUGUGUGUGCACAGCCGAGCGCAGCCGGGGAACUUGGGAGCUGCUAAUUCUCAGGGCAAAUCCCUUUAGCUCGCGAGUUGACAUGGCUUGACUGGUCUCUGUGGGAAGUUUCAGGAAAUGCAACAGGUGGACGAGUCGAGGCAAUGAGCCGAGGACUGUCGUAAGGCUCUCUUUAGCGUCGCGGGGCUAGCUGCUGCUGCUGCUGCUGCCGCCGCCGUGUGUACUGGAAGGUGCCUGCGCCGGGGAGAGACAAACAACUGCGCACUCUCCCACACGGUCCCGUGGCACCAUGGACGACAUCAGCAGCCUCAGUGACUCCAACGUGAAGGUCGCGGUCCGUGUGCGGCCCAUGAACAGGAGAGAAAAAGACUUAAAAACAAAAUGUGUGGUGGAGAUGGAGGGGAACCAGACAGUCCUGCACCCAGCUAUCACCAACAUGAACAAAGGAGACCCUCGGAAUCAGCCAAAGGCUUUUGCAUAUGAUUACUGUUUCUGGUCCAUGGAUGAAUCUCAAAAAGACAAGUUUGAAGGUCAGGAUGUAGUGUUCCAGUGCCUUGGGGAGAGCCUGCUGGACAACGCCUUCAUGGGCUACAACGCCUGCAUCUUCGCUUAUGGACAGACAGGCUCCGGGAAGUCGUACACCAUGAUGGGCUCGUCGGAGCAGCCGGGUCUGAUCCCUCGGCUCUGCAGCUCCCUGUUCGGCAGGACUGUGCAGGAGGCCUGCGAGGGAGAAAGCUUCACCGUGGAGGUCUCCUACAUGGAGAUUUACAAUGAGAAGGUCAGAGACCUGCUCGACCCCAAAGGAAAUCGACAAGCGCUCAGAGUGAGAGAGCACAACGUUUUUGGGCCUUAUGUCGACGGCCUGUCCCGCCUGGCUGUGGCCUGCUACAAGGACAUCGAGUCCCUCAUGUCGGAGGGGAAUAAAUCUCGGACGGUGGCAGCCACGAACAUGAACGAAGAGAGCAGCAGGUCACACGCUGUGUUCAACAUUAUCCUCACACACACACUCAUGGACCUGAAGUCUGGGACGAGUGGCGAGAAAGUGAGCAAGCUGAGUCUGGUUGACCUGGCGGGCAGCGAGCGGGCGGCGAAGACUGGAGCAGCAGGGGAGCGGCUGAAAGAAGGCAGCAACAUCAAUAAGUCGCUCAGUACUCUCGGUCUGGUUAUCUCAGCCCUGGCUGACCAGGGUGCAGGGAAGAACAAGAGCAAGUUUGUUCCAUACAGAGACUCUGUGCUCACCUGGCUGCUCAAGGACAGCCUGGGAGGGAACAGCCGCACAGCCAUGGUUGCCACCAUCAGCCCAGCUGCAGACAAUUACGACGAGACGCUGUCCACCCUGCGUUACGCCGACAGGGCCAAGAGCAUCAUCAACCACGCCGUGGUCAACGAAGACCCCAACGCCAGGAUCAUCCGAGAGCUGCGAGAGGAAGUUGUGAAGCUGAGGGAGCAGCUCACCGAGGCGGAGUCUUUGAAGGCACCAGAGCUGAAGGAACGUCUGGAGGAAUCUGAGAAACUGAUCCACGAAAUGACCGUGACCUGGGAGGACAAACUCAGGAAGACUGAGGCUGUUGCACAGGAGCGUCAGAGGCAGCUGGAGAGCCUGGGAAUUUCCCUGCAGUCUUCCGGAAUCAGAGUGGUGGAUGACAAGUGUUUCCUUGUCAACCUCAACGCCGACCCUGCCCUCAAUGAGCUGCUGGUGUACUACCUGAAGGAGCACACGCGUGUGGGCUCAGCCAACUCGCAGGACAUCCAGCUGUGCGGCAUGGCCAUCCAAACUGAGCACUGCGUCAUCGACAUCCACGAAAACCACAGUGUGGUGCUCACUCCCCACCGCAACGCUCGAACGUGUGUGAACGGUGCUGCGGUCACCAGUCCAGCCCCCCUGCAUCACGGUGACAGAAUUCUGUGGGGUAACAACCACUUCUUCAGGAUCAACUUGCCCAGGCAUAUGGUCCAUGCAGGGGGCGAGGAAGAGGAGAGCGGAGCUGCGAUGAAGACAUGUUGGAGCACUGACCAGCUGGAGUUGGAAGUUGACGCGUCAAGCGACAUGUCAAGCGAGCUGAGCUUCAGUUACGAGUUGGCCCAGACCGAGGUCAUGAUGAAAGGCAUGGGCAGCAACGACCCCUUACAGUCAGUGCUGCAGACCCUGGAGCGGCAGCAUGAGGAGGAGAAGCGCUGCGCCCUGGAGCGGCAGAGGCAGAUGUAUGAGCAGGAGCUGCAGCAGCUCCGCCAGAGACUGGACGCAUCAGGGCUCCCAGUCAGUGCUGCUGCUACUGCUGCUGCUGCUGUAACGUCACCAAGCUCCCACAAACGCAUGCGGCGGUGGAGUGAGGACAGAGAGGCAAUGAUGACUCGCAGCCUGCGGCGCCUGAGGGAGCAGAUAGUUCGGGCCAACUUGCUGGCUCAGGAGGCCAGCUUCAUCGCAGAGGAGCUCAACAAGAGGACGGAGUACCUGGUCACUCUUCAGAUACCUGCCUCUAACCUGGACGCCAACAGGAAGCGCAACGUGGUGCUGAGUGAGCCGGCCAUCCAGGUCCGACGGAAAGGCAAAGGGAAGCAGAUCUGGGCUCUGGAGAAGAUGGAGAACAGGCUGGUGGACAUGAGGGAGCUCUACCAGGAGUGGAAGGACUUUGAUGAGGACAACGCUGUGAUGCGGUCCUAUUUCAAACGUGCCGACCCGUUCUUCGAUGAGCAGGAGAACCACAGUCUGAUCGGCGUGGCCAAUGUUUUCCUGGCCUGCCUGUUCUACGACGUCAAGCUGCAGUAUGCAGUGCCCAUCAUCAACCAGAAGGGAGAGGUGGCAGGCCGGCUGCACGUGGAGUUGUGGCGCGGCACAGAAGGCUCUGAGGAGGAGGGUCCAGGAGAAACUGACUCUCAGGAGAUGUACAGCACAGAUGGCGAUCCACUGGAACGUAAACUGAACUGUGUGGUGAAAAUCCUCCAGGCCACCGGUCUUCCUCGCCUUCUCUCCAACUUUGUCUUCUGCCAGUACCACUUUUGGGGGGAGGGGGACCCCGUGUUCAUCGCCCCAGAGGUGGCGCCGUCCAGCUCAUCAUCCGCCUGCAGAGACCCUCAGUGCACCGUAGUCUUCGACAGUGCCAAGGAAUUGUCUGUGUCAGUGUCAGAGGACUUUGUGGAGUUUUUGGCGGAGGGGGCUGUGGCCAUCGAAGUAUACGGCCACAAACAGGCCAACCACCGCAGAAACCUGGCGCUGUGGGACCUCGGCGUGAUUCAAGCCAAGACCAGAUCCCUCAGAGAGAGGUGGAGCGAGGUGACCCGUCACCUGGAGCUGUGGGUGCAGCUGAUGGAGCUGAAUGAGGCGGGACAGUUCACCACCGUGGAGGUUCUUCCUGCCAAAGACAUACGCACCGGAGGAAUCUUCCAGCUUCGACAGGGUCAGUCCCGUCGGGUCCAGGUGGAGGUAAGGUCGUUGCCCGACUCUGGCACCAUGCCCCUGAUCACCGCCUCCAUCCUCUCCGUGUCCAUUGGGGACGUCAAGGUCCGACAGACGCGCCUCUCCAGAGGUAGCGAGUCACAAUUGGGUGGGGAUGAAGACAUGGACAGCUAUCAAGAGGUGGACCUGGAGAGAAUGAGGGAACAGUGGCUGUUCACUCUCACCCAGAGGCAGGAGUAUUUGGACCAGCAACUGCAGAAGAUAGUUUCCAAACCAGAUAAGUCGGAGGAUGACGUUGAGAGGGAGUCCCAGCUGCUGGAGUGUCGUCUGACUCUCACAGAGGAAAGGAACGCCGUCCUGGUACCGUCUGCUGGCAGCGGCAUCCCCGGAGCACCAGCAGAAAGGGUUCCUGUCCCCGGUAUGGAAACGCACAUUCCUGUCCUGUUCCUAGAUCUCAGUGCUGAUGAUUUCCAGUCCAGCCUUUCCGCCCCGUUGGCUGGGGGGCUGGAUGCAAUGCUCAGCGGGGAGGAUGACGACGAAUUCUUCGACCUUCAUAUUGUUAAACACUGUGAUACAGAGGUAAAGGUGGAGGCUUCCUGGGACUCUACGGUUCACGAGUGCCCCCAUCUGAGUCGCGUGGCGUCAGCUGACCAGAGGGUCUACCUGACGGUCCGCGCAGUGGUUCAGCUGAGCCACCCGGCCCACAUGCAGCUAGUCCUCAGGAAACGCAUCUGCGUCAACGUCACUGGGAGACAGGGUUUUGCCCAGAGUCUGCUGAAGAGGAUGUCUCAGCGCAGCACCAUCCCCGGCUGCGGAGUCACGUUUGAAAUCGUCUCCAACAUCCCCGGGGACAUCCACGGCCCAGAGGACAGGGAGAUGUUGGCCCGGCUGGCUGCCAGCGGCGAGGACGACCAGUCCGCCGACAGCGAGGCGGCCAUCGAGAAAUACCUCCGCAGCGUCCUGGCUGUGGAGAACAUCCUCACUCUGGACCGUCUCAGACAGGAGGUGGCUGUGAGGGAACAGCUGGGGGUCAGAGGGAAACCUCCCAGACGCUGCCUGAGCUCUCCAAACAUCAACCGGCUGACAGCCAGCAACGUUGAUCUUUACUCCUCUUCUCAUCAGCUCAAUGACUUCAACAGCUGGACGAGCCACCAGGACCUGUGUGUGGUGCCUCCUCCAUCCAGACGCACGCUGCCCAGUUCCAUAUCCCAAACCUUGAACCCAGAAACAGUGCACUCAGGCUUCGCUGCAUCUUAUCUCCCCCCAGCGAAGGCCGUGCCCAACCUGCUGAAGUCGCUGCUUCCUGGUGGGAAGGAAGAUAGCCGAGCCCAAACACUUGUCCAUCAGCAGGGCCUGCCGCGCAUCGUGGUGCAGUCAGCCAGCGUCGAAGAGGGCCUGAGCAAACAUCAGCAGCCGGUUCCCAUCGAGGAAAUCAUCCGCUCCGUGCCCCUGCCGAUCAACCUGGAAACGGAAGAAUCCACGCCCAGCCCGGAGAGCGAAGCCUCCAGCGGGUACAUGUCGACCAGCAUAUCCACGGCAACGCUGUCGGAUGUCUACACGCUGAGCUGGGACCUGCCUCCGUCAUCCGGCUUUGAGAUGGUGCCAGAUGAAGAAGAAGAGGACGCCAGAGUGACACCGUCUUACACACUGCGCCCUGAAACCCUUCUCGUGGACCAGUCGGAGCACGAUGAGUCAUCGCAGGGUUUGAACGACGAGGCAGCUGUAGAGAAGAUCGACUUGCCGCCGCCCCAAUCGGACGAUACCACAUCGGAUUCAAAUCUUAGUCAACAGGAACCAAAUCAAUCUCCGUCAGUGUGGUUGAAGGAGCAAGGGAAGUCUGAUUCGGCAGCAGAAUCGGACCUGCCAGGCCAGGCCACACAGAAGCAAGAGUCAACAGCUGACCCAACUGGAUUGGACCGUUGGGAGCCACUCAAAGAUCCAGUGAUUGUUCAGGAAAAUGAAACCAAACGGCCUGGUUUGUCGCAAACACACUACUCCGAAUUGGAGACCCCAAUGACCAGCGUGCUGGAGGUGGCUGCCCCAGACGAGACGGAAGGUGAAAGGUCGCUCCUCGACGGAACACAACCGCCUGCACAAGAAGGCCCCAUCUCCCUCCCACCGCAGCAGCCCGUACAAGACGAGGCAACCUCUGACGGUAUUCAAGAUCCGACUCCAGACCUGAUCCCAGCCUUGUCGGAAGAUACGGACCCUGCUCCAGAACCACCCGUAGAAUCGGUUCUUCAACUUCCAUCAGAGGAACGAUGGAAUUCCUCAGACCCAAGCGAUACCGCCAUCCCGACCCCAUCCUCCUCGACAACGGAGGAAGUCCAACAGGAAUCGCCCGCCGAAUCCUCCGCUCCCGCAGCUCCCACUCCUCUCUCCGAGGACACUCUGCCUUCCAAACCCGCCGCCCCCGCAGCCAACCCCUUCAAAAUCCAGAAGGUCAAGUCUUCGGACCUCAAGUCCUUUCACCGCGUUCUGGACGAGGAGAACGCGGGGCUCGGAGACGAGGCUGGCAGCCUCGGAACGGCACUGUUCCUCUCAGUGCCGAUGGAGAGUCUGGAAAUCAUCUCCGACUCCGAGGAGGGAGACGCGGCUUCCACCGUUCUUCCCGAUUGGUUAAAAGAAGGGGAGUUCGUAACCGUGGGGACCAAUAAGAGCGGCACCGUGCGAUACGUUGGACCCACGGAUUUCGCAGUGGGCACCUGGGUGGGAGUGGAACUGGAGGUGCCAGCCGGUAAGAACGACGGCUCAGUGGCCGGUAAGCACUACUUCCACUGUAACCCUGGGUACGGCGUGCUGGUGAGGCCCGGCAGAGUGAGCCGCGGCGGUGCCAAGCGCCGUCGCCAACAGCAAAAGCGCCGCAGUGCCAACCUGUCUGGAUCCAGCCCCAACCUGGCGGCCCUCACCGCCCUGGCCAAGGGUGAACCCGGUGGAGCCUCGACCGGCCGCAGCAGGGGAGAGAACCGCAAGUCGUGGAACACUUGAGGAGGCUCGGCAGCUGCGGAAAAACGGCUAACUGCUCGACACCAGCUCGCCCGUCGCCCAACAGCUGGUUGAUUAGAGGGUAAGCUUUCAGAAACAGUGACACCACAGUGAUUUUUAUAUCUGUGCAGAUUUACUGCAGUGUUUUGGAGACACAAGGAUGAGUCACCACACGCUCCUCCGCUGGGAGAAGGAACCUACCAGAUUUUGGCUGUAUUAUUAUUAUUAUUUUUUUUACUACCUGGUGUACCCAGUGAUUGAAAACUCCAGAGAACGAUUGAUUGUCUUAUUGGAAAAAAUGUGAAUGUUUUAGGUAACAAGGUAACAAGUAAUUAAGUUUUUAAUGGUGGAUUUAUCAGUUUGCAAUGUAUUUCUUCGAGUGACAUUAGAAAACAAAACACUGCCUCAAAAUCGGCACGUUUCUUUUUCUGGAAAAAGUCCACUGGAUCACACCGGAGGACUCCGACAGCACACCUUCACCUUCGCGUUAACAAAUGCUACUAAGCAGCCGUUUGUGUGGCAAAGUUUUUUUGUUUUUUUUCCUCGUGCCUUGAAAAACUAUGACUACUAACUCAGCAAAAUGUGCCUGAGUGCUACAUCACCACAUCCUCUCUCGUUGGUGGGUCGAAAAAAGGGUUUGCUCACUUCUCAAAGAAGCAAAUUUUAGCUCUAGAACGUGUAUUUGUACAGUUUCACAGACAGACUUGCACCGUCUCCGCUGGAAAAACUCUACUGAAAUUGUGCUCAUUUAAAAAAAAAAAAAUCAGCUUUGUCCUUGUGUGUGAGAGAGAUGGAUUUGACGUGACUUCAUUUUAAAAAGACAUGUGCGACACGUUUUUUCAAGUUUCAUGCUAGUGAUUUAUAGAAUCCUACUGUUUGUUAGCCUUGUGAUUUGUGCAUGAUGAGGACAGUUGGGAAUUUUGUCCUGAAUGCAUUUAGUAAAUAAGAUUUUAUGUACGCGCAUUCAUUUUGACCUCCUGAAUGCUUAUUUAAAGAUGAAUACACUAUAUUAUUGAUUAUCAAGAGCAAAAAUAUACUUUUUUUUAACCGGUUUCAUUUAAUAAAAAAUGUUAAUUUAAUUCUG